GGAGGAGAGAGAAAGAGUGUGUGCGUACUGCGUAGAGAGAGAGAGAGAAAGAGAGUCAAGAAGAACAGCAAGCAGCCCAGAACCCAACAAGCAUUUAAGAGGGGGGAGCUAAAAAAUUGCAGUCUUUUGCCAUCUCUACCACGCCACAUCCAAAUCUCCGUGCCGGAGGCAGCCGUGGCAUCCGCCGUUUCUUCCUCGCUUCCUUUCUUGGCCCCGCGUGUUAGCUGUCAUCCUUGGUGAGAGUGGCUGUGUGGCCGCGCGCGUGGUGAUCCUCGUGCUGGCUACCAUGGCCGUGUCCUAGAAGGGGGCAGGUAGCCAGGGGGAAAGCGGCGAUCUUUGUCGCGGAGAAGGAUCAAGAGCGAGAGUGUGGGGACCAAGCAAGCAUGGAGGCGCUGGCCGCCGCAUUGGCCGCCGGUCUCCUCCUUGCUCUCGCGGCGGCGCCGGCGGGAGCCAACACCGACUCGGCCGACGCUGCGGCGCUGGGGAAUCUCUACGCCUCCUGGAACGGUCCGUCGCAGCUGGCCGGCUGGUCGGCCGGCGGCGGCGACCCCUGCGGCGCCGCGUGGCAAGGUGUCACCUGCUCCGGCGCCGGCGUCACCGAAAUCAAGCUUCCAGGGAUAGGGCUGAAUGGUUCUCUGGGAUACGAACUCUCCAACCUGUUUUCAUUGAAGACAUUGGAUUUGAGCAACAACAACUUGCAUGGUUCGAUCCCUUACCAGUUGCCCCCGAAUCUCACAUAUCUGAAUCUAGCUAGCAACGAUUUCUCUGGGAAUCUUCCAUACUCUAUAACAAAUCUGGCUUCAAUUGAGUACCUCAAUCUCAGCCACAACUCACUUUUGAACCAAAUGGGUGAGCUAUUUGGAAACCUCAGUUCACUUUCAGAAUUAGACGUGUCUUUCAACAAAUUGACAGGGGACCUUCCCAAUUCUAUUGGUUCUUUAUCAAAUCUUUCAAGUCUCUAUAUGCAGAACAAUCAGUUCACAGGUUCUGUCAAUGUUCUCCGUGGCCUAAGCUCUGCCCUUACUACACUAAACAUUGCAAACAACAAUUUCAGUGGUUGGAUACCAAAAGAAUUCAGCUCCAUCCCAGAUCUAAAACUUGGAGGAAACUCAUUUGCCAAUGGACCUGCUCCUCCACCACCACCUUUUAUGCCACCACCCCCUCAGAGGCCACGGAAUCGCCCUAAACAUCCUCAGGGUCAAGGAGAUGCUCCAAAAGGGUCCGAAAGCCCCACCAUUCAAAGUGACAAGAAGCAAGGCCUUGGGACAGGUCCGCUUGUGGGGAUAAUUGCUGGCUCGAUAGUUGCUGUCUUAUGUGUCCUUUUGCUUUUGGUAUGCUGCAUGCGCAAUGCACGGAAAAGAAAGGAUGAUGCCAGCAGUGAAUCAAAAGAUUUUGUAGGUCCUCUAACAGUGAACAUAGAGAGAGCUUCUAGCAGGGAAACCCCAGAGCCGAAUCUUGAAGACACCUCUAUAGCAACUGUGAAACUGCCACCGCCGGAGAAAAUGACUCCUGAGAGGGUUUAUGGUAAAAAUGGUUCUAUGAGAAAGACAAAGGUCCCUAUAACUGCAACGCCUUAUACUGUUGCUUCUCUCCAAGUUGCUACUAAUAGCUUCUGUCAAGAUUCUCUUCUAGGAGAGGGUUCUCUUGGUCGUGUUUACAAGGCUGAUUUCCCAAAUGGAAAGGUUCUUGCUGUUAAGAAGAUAGACAGUGCUGCCCUCUCUUUACAGGAAGAAGACAACUUCCUUGAGGCUGUAUCAAGCAUGUCGCGACUAAGGCAUCCAAACAUCGUGCCACUAACAGGAUAUUGUGUUGAACAUGGACAAAGGCUUCUCGUUUAUGAGUACAUUGGAAAUGGAACACUGCAUGAUAUAUUGCACUUCUCUGAUGAGAUGAGCAGGAAGCUUACAUGGAACAUCCGUGUAAGGAUAGCACUAGGCACUGCUCGAGCCCUGGAAUACCUGCAUGAGGUGUGCUUGCCAUCUGUUGUUCAUAGAAACUUUAAGUCUUCGAACAUCCUACUGGAUGAGGAGCAUAAUCCACACCUAUCUGACUGUGGACUUGCUGCCUUGACACCUAAUACCGAGAGACAGGUUUCAACUGAAGUAUUUGGAUCAUUUGGAUAUAGUGCCCCUGAGUUUGCCAUGUCUGGAAUUUAUACUGUAAAGAGUGACGUGUACAGUUUUGGAGUAGUGAUGUUAGAGCUAUUGACAGGGCGAAAGCCGCUAGACAGUUCUAGAGAGAGGUCAGAACAGUCCCUUGUUAGAUGGGCUACCCCGCAGCUUCAUGAUAUUGAUGCACUUGCUAAGAUGGUUGAUCCAGCAUUAAAUGGAAUGUACCCUGCUAAAUCGCUAUCCCGUUUUGCAGACAUAAUUGCGCUCUGCGUUCAGCCUGAGCCAGAGUUCCGUCCACCAAUGUCAGAGGUUGUUCAGCAACUUGUGCGCCUAAUGCAGAGGGCUAGCAUAGUAAGGCGGCAAUCAGGAGAAGAGCUAGGGUUCUCAUACAGAGCCCCCGAACGCGAAGGAGACAUGAGAGACAUAUCCUUCUGAGUUCAAAGCAAAUCCUUCCAUGAUACAAGCGCAAAGCAGCUCCGUGGCUCAACUUGCACAGGCAAGAUCUGGAACAUGCAUAUGAAUUGGAGAAGUUGAGCUGAUGAUGACAACUCAGAAUCGAAUGAAUUUGAGAAGAUAAUUUUGGUACUUAUUGAUCAACUUUGUUCAUUCUUCUACAUUCCUCCCGUUUUCCAGUCAGUGUACUUGCUGCUGGAUCUAAACUGAGGCUCAAAUUGAUGGUGGUGUAUAGCUGGUUAUUGGUAGAGAAGAAGGAAAAGAAAUGUAAAAUGAUUCCUGCUCGGCUCUUUCAAGUUUUAAUGACACUAAUCUCGUUGACCUCAUUGAAGCCAUUCUCAUAUACUGGAUAAAUUUCUUUGUUUUUUUUA